AUGGCAUCGCGGGCCUUGCUAAAAGCCGUCAAUUCUGCAAGAUUGAAACAAACCAGGUUACUGUUGGAAUCUGGGGCACCAACGGAGUUUAAAGACGAAUGUGGCCAGACAGCGCUUACCAAAGCUAUCUUCUUGGAAAAUGAUAAAACGCGCGAAAAGAUGGUUCGACUGCUGUUAUCUAAAGGUGCAGAUUGUGGUCGCUUGGAUGCUGUUGGUAGGACAGCACUGUCGUGGGCAUGUCUCUUUGGACGAGAACCAUCUGUUACAAUGAUUUUAGAAUGUUGCGAUAUGGAUUUAAAUUUAAGAGAUAUCAAUGGUCAGGCGCCUCUUUACCACGCGGUGUCCUCAGGAAAUGCUGCUGUUGUUAAGAAAAUGGUAAUGGCUUUAAAACGAUAUGAUCUAAGCGUUGAUCUAGAAGACAACAAUGGCGUUUCACCGUUGAUGCACGCAGUACGUCUCGGUCACGAUAUCUGUGCAAGUAUUCUUACCAUUCAAGGUUGUGCCAAAGUGGGUCUUGGAAUGAAAUAUCCCGAGGAUUUCUUUAGUGCUCAAAAAUGGGCGACCAAAAGUCUCCGAGACAGAGAUCGACUGAAUCCAAGAAAAUCUCAAUUUCCACCAAUCCUUGCAAAUAGAGCUUUUGUAACCAUGAAAUGUGCAUCUCCUGUAGCAAAUAGCAGUGCGCCCAAAGCACAAUAUACGGCAGGAUUUUCAGACGAUUCAGAAUCUAUUCAAUCGGAAGAUGACUAUUCCUCGGAUGAAUUUGAAGAAUAUCUGUACACGUCAGCCAUACCUCAGGAUUAUUACCUAUCAAACUGUGGGAUUCCCCAAUCGAUUCUAGCUGCUAGUCCCACAGAGAGCGAUUCUACUCUUUCAAGUACCAUAGAUGAAGUUGAUACCUAUUCCACUAUCAUGGAUGACAAGAAAAUUCAGAAAUCUGAUGACCUUCCUCAGAUGUUUUGUAUCAUUCAAGAUCAGAUGUCUCCUUCUUAUAGAGAAGCGUCUACAACACUAGCAGAUUCUAUACAGAAUUUAUGUUACAAUGAAUCUCAAUCCAGCAUAAGUUCCACCUCAAGCAAAGGAAAACGUGUAUAA